AUGUCGAAACGUGCUGCGGACGUCGAAAUGGGCGAUGCGCCCCUCAAGGGUGGCGAUCGCCCUGAAGGCAUGGAGAUUGACGAGAAGGACCCCGGUAUGGGCGAGUUCGAGGACGAGUUCGAGGACGAAUUCGAGAGCGAGAGUGAAGAUGGUAUCAUGGAGGCCGGUGUUGACGGACGACCUGACGCCGAAAGAGAGGCUGACGAGAAAGAAGCCGCAAUGGAGGUUGACCAAGGCACAUUUAUCGUUGGACGAAACAAGCUCGAACCCGGCCAGACGCUUGCGCCGGACACUUCCACCUACGAGAUGCUGCACAACCUCAGCACCCCUUGGCCCUGCCUUUCCUUCGAUAUUCUGCGCGACAGCCUUGGUGACAACCGCAAGGUUUACCCCGCCACCAUGUACACGGUUGCUGGCACACAAGCGGAGAACGCAAAGGCCGCCGACAACCAGCUGUUGGUGAUGAAGUUCAGCAGUCUGAGCCGUAUGGAGAAGGAUGCGGAGGACUCAGAGGACGACGACGAUGACGAUGAGGACUCCGAUCCUAUUCUUGAGCACAGGGCGAUCCCCCUGAACUCGACCACAAACCGAAUCCGCGCCCACCAGAUCCCUUCCCAGGACCCUUCCAGGCCCCCUACUACCCUCACAGCCACCAUGACCGAGUCCUCCAACGUCUUCAUCCACGACGUCACCCCCCACCUCUACUCUUUCGAUAACCCGGGCAGCACCAUUUCCGCCCAGCAGAACAAGCCCGUCUCUACCAUCCGCGCCCACAAGUCGGAGGGUUAUGCUCUGGACUGGUCCCCCAUGGUCCCCGGCGGCAAGCUCCUGACCGGUGACAACGACGGUCUCAUCUACGUCACAACACGGACCGAUGGUGGUGGCUUUGUUACCGACACCAGGCCAUUCCAGGGUCACACCAGCAGUGUCGAAGAGAUCAAGUGGAGUCCCUCUGAGCAGUCCGUCUUCUCUUCCGCCUCCAGCGACGGCACGAUCCGCGUCUGGGAUGUCCGCAGCAAGAGCAGAAAGCCUGCGCUGUCGAUGCAGGUCAGCUCGGCCGACGUCAACGUCAUGUCGUGGUCGAAGCUGACGACGCACCUGUUGGCUUCCGGUGACGACAACGGCGAGUUCGCCGUCUGGGAUCUGCGCCAGUGGAAGCAGAGCUCGACAUCGGCCUCGGACAAGCCCUCCCCUAUUGCCAGCUUCAACUACCACAAGGAGCAGAUCACGAGCGUCGAGUGGCACCCCACAGACGACAGCAUUGUCGCCGUCGCGGCCGCCGACAACACCGUCACCCUGUGGGACUUGGCCGUUGAACUCGACGACGAGGAGAGCAAGGACACGGGCGGUGUCAAGGACGUCCCACCCCAGCUGCUGUUCGUGCACUACCUGUCCAACGUCAAGGAGUUGCACUGGCACCCCCAGAUCCCCGGCAGCUUGGUGGCUACUGGUGAUGAGUUUAGCGUCUUCCGGACAAUUAGCGUUUAG